UAGUCUCACGUAGGAAAGCCUGUGUUUUUAAAUAUCACGUUUGUACGAGUUCGAGCUGUUUGUAAACUUUUUGCACCACUUGGUUUUCUUCUUCUUCUUGUGUUCGCGUUUUUUUUACGUGAAGCAACGAUGCUGCAGAUACUCGGGAUACUCGGCGCUCUGGUAGUCUGGUGCGACGGUCUGGUGAUCGGCUACAACGGCGGCCACAACCACCAGCACGCCUACGCGGACUACGGCGCCCUGGAGGACUACCACGAGGCCCACGCGGUUUUGCCGACCGUAGCCGUGCCCAUUCACGCCGUCUCAGCUGCUCCCCUCCAUCAUCACGUCCUGUCGGAACCUCACCACGAACUCUACCACCACAAAGCCCACCUGGACCAUCACGAUCACGACCACGAUCAUGACUAUUACUCCCACCCUAAAUACACUUUCAACUACGGCGUGCACGACCCCCACACCGGCGACGUGAAGACACAGCACGAGGUCCGCGACGGUGACGUCGUCCACGGCUCCUACAGCGUCAACGAGCCCGACGGCAGUGUCAGGAUCGUUGAGUACACGGCCGACGACCACAACGGUUUCAACGCCGUCGUCAAGAAGGUUGGACCUCAGUUGCACCCUCACCCAGUGCCCAAGUACGUCCACCACACGCCCGAGUACUACGGAUACGAGCAUCUUCACUAAAUCGCAUUCGUUGACCUCGUUUAGGAUCCAAUCUGGAUUCAGCCUGUACAAAAUGCGACGGCCGCGUGUAUACUUUGAUAAUUGAGAUUUUUCGGAGCCGAGAGGCGCACAUCGGGCUGUGGUCGAGUUGAUUGGUAUUCCGGAAUUCGUUUGUUCGAAAGACCUGGUUUGUGGUGUUCUUUCGAUCGAUCGAAUUCUGCCCUUUGCUGGAUUUGAAUUUCCCGGGGUGAAAGGUCACUGGCGAGAGGAAGCAUCGUAGUGACAGUGGUUUCACUCGGGGCAAUUCGAGAAGAUUGUUAUACACGAGACACUUCGAUGCGCGGCUCUUGGCUCGAAGACGCGCAAGUAAUUAUAGGUAUAAUUCGAAAUUAAAAGUGAAAUUACUUGUAAGAUGGUGCUAGCUAUAUUAUCGCCGUUUAUCGAUAGAGUGACUAUAUAAUAUAUAACGUAUACUUAUUACUUAAUUCUUUUUAUACAUUUGCAGUUCGAUUCCCUUGCUCUAUUUCUCAUUGAUCUCCGAGUGACGCGGAAAACAAGCGCGUUUCUCCUUUCAAUUUUGCCGCGGGAAAAUUUUCACGGAAUUCGUAACUACAGUUUCGCAGACUUCAAAAGUUCGACAGAGGAUUUUCCUUUUUAUCAUCCCAGAGAUACGAGACCGAGCACAGUUAAAGAUGAAUUUUAUUCGCACUGCGCUAUAUACGUAGGUGAACGUGAGAGGGGCGGCAUUAAAAAUCGAAAUUCGCACUCUUUUACGCGACGGGGGUGUAGUAUAUGAAAAGGGGACACGCGCCCAGAGUAUCGCGAUUUCACUUAAGGUUGCCUGUGUAGAAAGUGUAUACGUUGACGCGAGAGUGAGUCUCCCUGCAUAAACUCUCUACGCCCUCGACGCGAACUUUUAUGCAUUUUUACGACUUGAGAGCAUUUCUAUAUGGAGCUUUCGCCGCGAGUUAUCAAGCCUAAUUAUAUACGUGACAAACCUUUUGUAGGUCGUGUGAAUCAUAUACGAGAAGAUUAUAGUUUAAUUUAUACACGUAUACGAAUUAAAGGUAAUUUUAUACAAUUAUUACAAAUUAUAUAUAGUAAUAUAAGAAGUUUGUUUGUUUUGUACUUAGGUACACAGCGUGUACGAAUCUAUAUAUAUAUAUAUAUAUAUAUAUAUAUAUAUAUAUAUAUAUAUAUACCUUUCUUACAUCAUCGAGGAUUAUACACAUAUUUUAACAACCUUGCUAAUUCAUAUCGAGCAUAUUAUAAAUGUGGUCAGCAGCGUUCGCGAAUCGAUGCGUUACGCCCGCGCGCCACGUCACAUUACUGCGCAGCAAAAAAAAA